GGGAAAGCUGGGAGGGGGCAGGGUCAAGGUGGGACCUGAGAGCCAUGGGAGCCCAUCCCAGGUCCAGAGGUCGAAGAGCUUAGCGGCUAGGAGAAUGUGGACUCUGGGGACAGACGCUUUUUGUUGGAAUUCCAGCUCUGCCAUUUCUGGCUCUGAGCCUCUGGUCCUCAGUUUUCUCAUCUGUAAAACAGGAAUAAUAACAGUGCCUCCAACCUCAGGACUCGUGAAGAUUAACUUUGAUAAUCCAUGUCCGCCUCUUGGGCAUGUGCUAUCAUUUCUGUUAUCAGUGAUGCAGUCUCCACUCUCCCCUCCCCCUUUCCCCAGUUCCUCCGACCCAUGGAUCCACCAGGCUGGGCCAAGAUAAAAUGUUCCUGGCACCACUAUCUCCCUGCGGUGUUGUUGCAGCUGCUUUUGGCCCUGUGCUUCUUCUCCUACCUGCGCGUGUCCCAAGACAAGCCCAGGUGGUCCCCUGAGUCUGCGGCCACCAUGGUGGGAUCACCCACCAGGGGCCCCUGCCAGGCCACUGCAGGGCCCUCCACCCGCCCGCCCCUGCUCCUCCUGCUGUGGACAUGGCCAUUCAACGUCCGGGUGGCCUCUCGCUGCUUGGAGAUGCGGCCCGGCACCCACGACUGCCAGCUGACCGACAACCACAGGGCGUGCCCUCGGGCGGAUGUGGUCCUCGUGCAUCACCGAGAGGUCAGCUCCAGGCCCAAGGCGCAGCUCCCGCCUUCCCCGCGGCCACCCGGCCAGCGCUGGGUCUGGUACAGCAUGGAAUUGCCAGCACUCCCCACAGCCGAAGGCCUGGACAGAUACUUUAAUCUCACCAUGUCCUACCGCAGGGACUCGGAUAUCUUCAUGCCGUAUGGCUGGCUCGAGCCAUGGCCUGGCCAGCCUGUCGGAGCGCUGGUCAACAUCUCAGCCAAGACCAAGCUGGUGGCCUGGGUGGUGUCCAGCUGGAGGGCAGACUCGGCCAAGGUACGGCGCUACCAGAAGCUGCAAGCCCACCUCCAGGUGGGCGUGUACGGGAGGCGCCACAAGCCGCGGCCCCGGCCGGUCAUGACCCAGCAACUGUCCCAGUACGAGUUUUACCUCGCUUUCGAGAACUCCUUGCACCCCGACUAUAUCACGGAGAAGCUAUGGAAGAAUGCCCUGCAGGCCUGGGCCGUGCCCGCGGUGCUGGGCCCCAGCAAGAGCAACUACGAAUAGUUCCUGCCCCCUGAAGCCUUCAUCCACGUUGACAACUUCAAGAGCCCCAAGGACCCGGCCCGCUACCUGAGCCACUUCCGCUGGCGGGAGAUGCUGUGGCCUCAGGCUUUCAGCUGGGCCCUGAUGUUCUGCAAGGCCUGCUGGCGGCUGCAGCAGGAGCCCAGCUACCAGAUGGUGCCCAGCAUCUCCUCUUGGUUCACCUAAGCAGGCCAGCGGGGGCGGGGGCUGCUGGGACCCUCACCUGCUGGGAAUCUGGGGACGCUGGUUGCUGGAGCUCUCACUUACUUGGGACUUCACCCAGGGCACCUCUGCUGCCAGGACUCGGGCCUCACUGGGACGUUGCUAGCCAGGAGUGUCACCUGCUGGGGGGGCUCACCUGCCAGGGGCCAUGGCUGCUGGGGACCUCUGCCACCAAGGCAUUCACCCCCUGGGGAACUGGCCUCGGCGUCCUGCCCGCUGGCGAUGCUUCUGGUGGGUGUGCUGGAGAUUACUGCUGCUGUUGUUAAUUGACAGUCUCUGGGGUGUGCAGGUUGGCACUACUGACACCACUUUCCAGAUGGGAACGCUCUGAGGAAAACUGGUGUGUCCCCCCCUUAUUCCAGAUCAGCGGUUCUCCCUCUGGGCAACUCUGCUCCCAGUGGACACUCGGAGUGUCUGGGGACAUCUGUGGUCAUCACAACCGGGGGUGGCUGAUAGCACUGAGUGAGUAGGGGGCCAGAAAUGCUGCUCCACAGCCUGCAGUGCCCGGGAUGGCACCCCACACCCAAGAAC